AUGCAGCCAAGAACCCAAAGCACGAGUCUAAGGCGUUACGCAACAAUGAGUUAAACGGCUCCCAACAAGAUCUCCCUGCCAUUGGUCACCAUAAGCAGAACCCAAACUUCGAGCACUUCUGCAGGGCCCAAGGUGUUUUCAACGUGUUUUCACACCUCUCCCCACCAGGAUCUCACUGGAUUUUCUCUACACACCCCUAAAGCAUCUUGUUUGCCGUCCACUUGGCAGAUGCGCGGCCCGCCUACAGGGGUCACGGCGACAGAGGCGCGACCGAGGGCAAGUCUUCACUCUCUCAAUUCCCAAGCUCCGUCGUAGCCUAACAUCUUUAUAGGGCACAGACUCAAGGCUCCUGCCUUCCCGGGCCUACACGGACCUGGGGAGCGGCCGCGCAAGCACGUGGGGCCGUUCCGGGGAGCACAGGCUUGGGGAAGGCUGUGGGGAAGCAGAGGCGGUGCUAGGCGGGAGCUGGAGAAGUCGAGGAACCCCUGCCUCGGCAACCGUCGCCGAGGAAAGCCGGACUCUCCGAAGUCCCGGCGGAAGAGCUGCGGGAACGCUGACGCUUGGGAUGCCGAGGUCCUAGGUUUGACCUGCGCCCGCACACAAAGAAACACCGAAGUUCAGUUCCGGCAUCUCGAGGAGCAGUUAGAAACGGAGCCUCCCUUCCCAGCUGCAGCGGACACGCCCACUCCACCCCGUCACCCAGCCCGGAUUCCAUCUUCACGUGCCCGGGCCGCGGGGACUGUCCGUGCCGGGCACGCCCGAGCUUCGCCCCCACCACCUCGCGAGGAACUACAGAUCCCAUGAAGCCCUGAGGGGCGCGGGUGGUGAUGACGACACGUUCACGGAUUGGUCGCGCGGGGCGGGGCGCGCAGGCUUUCUCCAAGGGGCGGCGCGGGGCGCGGGGCGGGGCGAGUGGCGGCGCGGCGGGCACGCCCCCUCGCCCGCGGCCCCCUCCCCGUCUCUCCCUGCCGCCUCCUCGAAGCUCCCCGGUCAGAGGGCCGGAGCAAGAAGAUGGCGAAGACGUACGAUUAUCUGUUCAAGCUGCUGCUCAUCGGCGACUCGGGAGUGGGCAAGACCUGUCUCCUGUUCCGCUUCUCCGAGGACGCCUUCAACACCACCUUCAUCUCCACCAUUGGAAUUGAUUUUAAAAUCAGGACGAUAGAACUGGAUGGGAAGAAAAUUAAGCUUCAGAUAUGGGACACAGCAGGCCAGGAAAGGUUCCGAACAAUUACGACAGCAUACUAUAGAGGAGCUAUGGGCAUUAUGCUGGUGUAUGACAUCACAAAUGAAAAAUCCUUUGACAAUAUUAAAAACUGGAUCAGAAACAUUGAAGAGCAUGCCUCUUCAGAUGUUGAAAGAAUGAUCUUGGGUAACAAAUGUGAUAUGAAUGACAAAAGACAAGUGUCCAAAGAAAGAGGGGAGAAGUUAGCAAUUGACUAUGGGAUUAAGUUUCUGGAGACAAGUGCAAAAUCCAGCACCAAUGUAGAAGAGGCAUUUUUUACGCUUGCACGAGACAUAAUGACAAAACUCAACAGAAAAAUGAACGACAGCAAUUCAUCAGGGACAGGUGGACCAGUGAAAAUCACAGAAAACCGGUCAAAGAAGAGCAGUUUCUUCCGUUGUUCGCUGCUUUGAUGGACUCUGGCUGAGAGACUGCAGCACCGCCAGAGGGAGGGCCCUUCCCUGCUUCUCUGAAAGCACAGGUCACCCAGCCUCUAAACCCCACGGCCCGGCUGCUGCGGAGAGCACUGCCCAACUCAGACCUCUGCACACGGAAAGCCAAGCGGAUCGCAGCCUGGGGCCUUGCGCCCCAACAGGCUCGUUUCCUUUCAGACAUGGAAGCAAUGACGUGGAGACACAAGCAGGACCUAACUUGUUUUCCCUUUGUUUUCCUGCCUGUUGCAGAAGCUGCUAUCUUUUCUUUUUCACUUUGCACACAGUGUUACUCUCUCCCUACCACAGCACAAUCUGAGACUCAUCUUGGCACCCUUUUGGGUCAUGAAGUAGCUGGAUUUGUAUUUAGAAAAAAAAAGACAAGACAUUGAAAGCAGAGGCUAAGGUACUAACAUGAAAGGACUUGUGGUCUGGGUUCUAAGGCCAA